AUGGUGUUCGUAGAAGGUCUCUUGCUUUUCACUUCACUUGCGCUGGCUGGGAGUUCACCGCAGCCCGGCUGCAAGUACAUCCACGGUGAUCCUGAGUGGCCAUCGACCGAGGAAUGGCAGAAACUCAACCAGACCGUUAGCGGCCACCUCAUUCAGACUGUACCCCUAGGUGCUGUCUGCCAUUAUGAACCGUUUGGAGUAUACAAUAAGACAGCAUGCGACGAAUUGAGGAAGGACUGGGAUUUUAGGCACUGGAAGUUUAAGGUGUGGGAGAUGGGCCAGAUUCAUGUGACGCACGCCUCUGAGAUUAUGAACCCAUAUUAUCAAAACCGCACGUGCGACCCAUUCACAUCACCUGAGACGCCAUGCGAGUUGGGUAACUACGCCAGCUAUUCCAUAAAUGUUACGAGUGCCAGAGAUGUUGUUGCUGGCAUUCAGUUUGCAAAGGAGAAGAAUAUUCGACUAGUGGUCAAGAACACUGGACACGAUUAUCAUGGACGUUCUAGUGGCGCUAGCAGUCUCGCCCUUUGGGUGUACAACCUCAAAGACACCGAAAUCAUCCACGAAUACAAGAGCAAGCACUACAAUGGACCUGCUGCAAGGCUCGGAGCCGGCAUGGGUGUCGGCGAGUCUUACAUGGCAGUCCACAAGUAUGGUUACCGCAUUGUUGGUGGUGAAUGCGGUACUGUCGGUGUCGCUGGUGGCUACUCACAGGGUGGUGGUCACUCGGUCCUCGCAAGCCAGAAUGGCCUAGGUUCUGACCAAGUUCUCGAAUGGGAAGUUGUCACUACUGAUGGCCGUCAUCUUAUCGCUACGCCCGAGCAGAACUCAGACCUGUACUGGGCGCUCAGCGGCGGCGGCGGUGGAACAUAUGGCGUGGUCAUUGGCAUCACUGUCAGAAUCUUCAAGGACGGCCAAUUCGCAGGCGGAUCACUCGUCUUUAACAACACUGAUACCCCUGGUAACGAGGUCUACUGGAAGGCAGUGGAGCUGUGGUACGAGUAUUUCCCGAAGAUUACCGUCAACGGCAACACGGCGCAAUUCGUGUUGCUGAACAGCACCCUCGAUGCCCAAGCUAUCAACCUGCCCGGCCAAGACGUUGCCGCUGUAAACCGCUUGAUGGCUCCUUUACUGAGAGACUUGGAUAAUUUGGGUCAGAACUACACCUUCAAAACCGUGCACUCCGAAACUUACUAUGACCAUUUCGACCACUACUACGGACCACUCCCUGACGGCGCCGAGCCGGUCACCACGAUCCUGCAUGCGCGUCUGAUCCCUCGCGAGGUGAUCCAAGACAAGAAAGCAAACAAGAAACUCGUAGAUACGAUGCGACUCAUCGUUCAUGAGAACAAGUUUCUCAUGGGCUGCGGUGUGUUCAAUCUGCCUGAUAAUGGGCAUCCCGACAAUGCCGUGCUGCCUGCGUGGCGUACUGCCCAAGCCGUCUGCAUUGCCAACGGCUUCUGGGACUACGAGGCUCCCACCGAGAAAAACGUUGCCCUAAAGCAGGAGCUGGCUGAUAUCUACGCGCCUGCUAUGGAUGAAGCAACACCAAACUCUGGCGUCUACCUUAACGAAGUCGACCCUCUCUACAAGGGUGACUGGAAGGAGGCUGCAUAUGGCGUCAACUAUGACCGCCUGCUUCAGAUCAAGCACAAGUACGACCCAGACCAUCUAUUGUUUGGUCAUAUGUCAGUUGGCAGCGACGAGUUCGAUUUCGACGGAAGUGGCCGGCUGUGCUAUGUCGGCAACGACCGCCACAACUUUAUUUCAUACCAACCACAGCAGCGGCUCAUGUCCGAGAGUUUCGAAUUGUGA